AGUGCCCACAAGGGACGGGGCUGCCUGGCCGAGAAAGGAAUGCUUAGCACGUGAGCGAUAGGAGCCCGGAGACAGAACUACACGUACACAGACCCUCCUUAAGGAAGGCGGUGAGGUGCUUUUUUUUACCAAUGAAACGCAACCAAAUGCUGUAUGCCACAACUGCCCAAACCCAGCAGCCCGGCCCAGGCAGUCGUCCCAGCCCAACUGUGCCCGGAACUCCUCUUCCCUCACGGCCACGGACGGCGUGUCUUCCGGCGGGGCGGGACGGGACGGGACGGGACGGGACUCAGCCUUAGCUUGGCUCCGCUGCUCUGUGUUCCCCCACUCCUCGCUCUGCCCUGCCCUGCCCUACCCUGUUCAGCUCUCCUCUCCUCCUCUCCCCUCCCCUGGAGGUCUCUCCGAGCGGCGCCUUUGGUGCUUUGUCACCUCCCGGGCUGCUGCUCCCGGCUCAUCCCGGGACGGCGCUCAGCCCUGUGGGCAGAGACGGAGCCGUCGGUGCCGCUUCCAGGAGAACGGCCGCCUCUUCCCAGCAGAGCAGGCUCCAGUUCAGCUUGUGCCUUCCAGGCGUGAUCGUCCCUGGCUGCAGGAGAGCAGCAAAUGGCCACAGCACAUCGGUGUCAGGAGCCCGUGAGCUUUGCGGAGGUGGCCGUGUAUUUCAGCAGGGAGGAGUGGGCGCUGCUGGACCCUGCGCAGCGAGCGCUCUACCGGGACGUGAUGCUGGAGACGUACCAGUGCGUGGCCUGGCUGGCUCCUCUUCCAGCCCCCAAACCCGGGCUGAUCUCCCUGCUAGAAGGAGGGGAAGACCCCUGGAUCCCAGAUGUGCGUAGCCCUGAGGCCGUGCCAGGAGACCUGAGCCCAGCAGGAACUGGGAUUACAGAUAUACUGGAGGAUGUGCAGGAAAGUGGUGUGGCCGAAAGGCGGUGGGGUAGUGCCUGUGUGGGAGAAAUCAGAAGGGAUGUCCCAGGAGGCCUGGAGCAAGGUCAGGGUGAGCACAUCAAGAAGGCACUGGGAGAGCAUCUGGAAGAGAAAGGAAGGAGCCCAUUGCACUUCAACAUAGGUGAAAAGCAUGCCGAAGGACCCAGGAGCAAGGAUGUGUGUCAGAUGAAAAAGCAGAAUCCAUGCACUGAGUGUGGGAAAAGCUUGGAAAUAAAUUCCAGUGUCAUUAACCACCAGCACAUGCACGCAACGAAGAGCCUGUACAAGUGCUCUGAGUGUGGGAAGAGCUUCAAACAGAGAGCCAAACUAACCCGCCACCAACGCAUCCACACAGGAGAGAGACCCUUUCAGUGCUCUGAGUGUGGGAAGGGCUUCAAAAGGAGUUGUGAACUGAAGCUUCACCAGCGCAUCCACACAGGGGAGAGACCCUACACGUGCUCUGCUUGUGAGAAGAGCUUCAAAAGGAAUUCUGAAUUGAAGCACCACCAGCGCACCCACACAGAGGAGAGACCUUACAAGUGCUCUGCUUGUGGGAAGGGCUUCAAAAGCAGUUAUGAAUUGAAGCUGCACCAGCGCAUCCACAGAGGGGAGAGACCCUACAAGUGCUCUGAGUGUGAGAAGAGCUUCAAAAGCAGUUAUGAAUUGAAGCAGCACCAGCGCAUCCACACAGGAGAGAGACCCUUUAAGUGCUCUGAGUGUGGGAAGGGCUUCAAAAGCAGUUAUGAAUUGAAGGUGCACCAGCGCAUCCACACAGGAGAGAGACCCUACAAGUGCUCUGCUUGUGAGAAGAGCUUCAAAAGAAAUUCUGAAUUGAAGCAGCACCAGCGUACCCACACAGAGGAGAGACCCUUUAAGUGCUCUGAGUGUGGGAAGUGCUUCAGCAGAAGUUCCCACCUCAAUAUCCACCAGCGCGUCCACACAAGAGAGAGACCCUUUCAGUGUCCUGCGUGUGAGAAGAGCUUCAGAAUCUGUACUGAAUUGAAGAAGCACCAGUGCAUCCACAGAGGAGAGAGACCCUUUCAGUGCUCUGAGUGUGGGAAGAGCUUCAAAAGGAGUUCCCACCUCACCUGCCAUCAGCACAUCCACACAGGAGAGAGACCCUUUCAGUGUGCUGAGUGUGGGAAGAGCUUCAAAAGAAGGCCUGAUUUGAAGCAGCACCAGCUCAUCCACACAGGGGAGAGGCCCUGCAAGUGCUCUGAGUGUGGGAAGAGCUUCAAAAGCAGGUCCCACCUCACCUGCCACCAUCGCAUCCACACAGGAGAGAGACCCUUUCAGUGUCCUGAGUGUGCAAAGAGCUUUAAAUGCAGAUCUCAUCUCAACACUCACAAGCGCAUCCACAGAGCACAACGGCUGUAGAAGCGCCCCAAGACUCUGGGAACCUUCAAAAGCAGUUCCAGCCUCGUUACCUACCAGCAUUUCCAUAAAAGAUACAGAUCCUGCAGAGCCUCAAACUUGUGAAGAGCUUCAGCCCUUCACCUUCAACCCCUGUGCUUCUCCCCACACAGGAAGAGCUGGCAAAGAGAGAUGGCAUCGCUGGCACCCUCUGCAGAAGGGCCUUAACCCAGGAGCUUCAGAUGGCCUUUCCUUGCUUCCCAAAGCAGUUCUCUCAGCAUGCCCCCGUUCCUCUUCUGCUCUUCCUGCCUGCAGCUUUUUGAUGCCAUUUCCUUAGGAGAAGCGGCUGUGUGGGGAUGUUCUGUGUGUCUGUGUGCGUGUGUUGCUCUCAGUAAUUUCUGAGUGCACUGAUGAAUGUGAGAGAAGGGUCAGGAGAGCAGUAAUGUGGCUCUUGGAGGUUUUCUGAGAAUCAUCUGUAGCAAAAAGGGAAGGGGUGAAUAAAGUAGCUGAGUUGUUCUGGAGCUUU